AUGAGAGCGCGGAUCUCACGGCAGCGAGUGGAGGAACUGACAGCUCUCCUCCGGCGUGUCACAACCCGCACAGCCCUUUCCGUGACGCAGCUGCUCGGCAUUGGCGUCAGCUGGUCACGUGGUGAUCCCCAUGGGUCUCCCCCACAGGAGGAGUCUUCAGAGCUGCUCAGCAUGACGUCAGCUGAUCACGUGGGGAUUCCCCAGGGUCUCCCCCACAGGAGGGGUCUCCAGAUGUGGACCGACCCCGUGCGGAAUAAAGGGAAGUCCCACCUGGCCAUCGUGCAGCGCGUCAACAACGAGGGCGAGGGAGACCCUUUCUACGAGGUGCUGGGCAUCGUGACCCUGGAGGACGUCAUCGAGGAGAUCAUCAAGUCAGAGAUCCUGGACGAGACAGACCUCUACACUGAUAACCGUACUAAGCGGCGUGUUUCUCACCAUGAGAGGAAGCAGCAGGACUUCUCCAUCUUCAAGCUGUCGGAGAACGAAAUGAAAGUGAACAUUUCUCCUCAGCUGCUCAUGGCCACACACCGCUUCCUGUCCACAGAGGUGGAGCCCUUCAAACCCGCUCACAUCUCAGAGAAGAUCCUGCUGAGGCUGAUCAAACACCCGAGCGUCGUUCAGGAACUCAAGUUCGACGAGAAGAACAAACGAUCGCCGCAUCACUUCCUGUUCCAGCGCAACAAACCUGUGGACCACUUCAUCCUCGUGCUGCAGGGUCGAGUGGAGGUGGAGUUCGGAAAGGAGGCGCUGAAGUUUGAGAACGGAGCUUUCUCUUACUUUGGGGUUCCCUCCAUCAUGCCAACAGUGCACAGAUCCCCCUCCCGCAGCAGUGGUCUGGACCGCUCUGAAACCAUGCUGAAUGGAGGCAGCUCGAGCCAACUGAGCGGCGGGGGGAACGUCUACCUGCCGGAUUAUUCUGUCCGACAGCUCACAGCCCUGCAGGUCAUCAAGAUAACCCGGAGCCACUACCAGAACGCGAUGACAGCCUCUCGGAUGGACAGCUCCCCUCAGACUCCAGAUGCAGACGCCUGCCUGGCAGAGGACGUCUCCCCGACCCCAGGACCUCCUGCUGGGCCUCGAGAUCACAGCAGCAGCACCCCCUCCUCCUCCACCCCCUCCACCCUGAUGCCCCCCCCCUCCACCCUCAUGCCCCCCCCCAGGGAGCACUACAGACCCAGCUCAGCGAGGGCCAGAGGGCAGCAGUCCGGCGUCACACCCUCCACCUCGCUGCUGAACGAGAAGAACCGCAUCGUCCGAAGCAAGUCGGACGGUCAGAAGAGUCCCAGUGAUUCAGUGUUCCUCAGGAUGGACGAGAUCCCGUACAUCAGAGAGGACAGAUCUGAGGCGGACGCACACGAUGACAUGGCCUGUGUAGCCAUAGAAACGGACACGUCUCCUUUCAUCAGCAGCCUGUCUCUGAGCGGCUCAGAGGACACACUGGGCAAGAAACUCCUGCUCAAACUCAGCCACAGGAAGAGGAAAAAAUCCCGGGAAGGAGAAAAGACACCAGAGGACAUUUCAUAACAGCCGCUGGUGAAAACCUAGCAGAGAGUGUGUGAGUGUGUGUGAACUCCACCGUCUCCUGAUGGUUCUUUAAGAUGUUUGUAAAGACGAUGUGGUUGGUAAACUACAGCUAUCAGAGUUUUAUCUGAAAAAAAAACACACACCCCCGCUGUAGGAGAUGAAGUGGUCCAUCAGCAGGAAUGUACUGAACACAUGGAUGGAAGAAACCAUUUUAAUCAAAACAGACGGGGGUCGCAUCUUUGGCAAUAUGCAUCGAACUGAAGCUUCUUCACAGGUUUUUCAUGCUUGUAUAUAAAGGAAUGACUUUGAAUGUAUAAUGUUUGUAGAAAGAUAAUAGUUUUUAUACACUAUAUACCCUCCUCAUGCAAUCACCUCUCUAAUGAAGCUAAAGGGAAUAACUGUACACAGGAAACGGAUGAAAGACACCAAAGAUGUUGCUGUUUUUGUACAUAACGCUUCUCAUCGCUCAACAGAAGUAAACUGCAUUGUGUUUCAUUUUUGCUUGUUUCUCUGCUAGAGUGGUGCACUGAUUAUAUAUUUUUGUAGGUUGACCCGGAAGACAGCAUCUACCUGGUUCCCUCGACAAAAAGCCAAUGGGAUUUGAGAAAAUAAUCUAUGUUUCAAAGAAACAUUUAUGAGGAUAAUCUCCAAAUAUUAACACCACUUUAUGAUUCUUGAAGUAAAAAG